AUGUAUCAGUUUGUGGGAACAUCAUUUAUCUUAAGUCAGCUGCUGUGGCACACUUGUGAAACCAGUUGUGGGGAAGAUGAAUAUGUGAUCAAUGUAAUGAUGCUAAAUGACUCUGACUAUCCAGUGACAUCAGAGAAUUUAAAACCAACUAUAGAACUGGGGCUUGGACUAGUGAAUAAAUUUCUGAAAGAAAACAACAUGACUGUCAAAGUAAAUGCUACAUAUGAUGUGUUCAACACAUCUGUCUAUUCCUCACAAGGGUGCCGCAGUAGCACUUGUGAAGGUGUGGCAUUUGUUAGACAACUCAAUACCUAUAAAAAACUUGGGUGUGUUGUCCUGGGUCCUGUGUGUUCAUUUGCCACAUAUCAAAUGGUCACAUUAGAACCUGUAUUGGCCCUCCCUCUGAUUUCUGUUGGGAGUUUUGGUCUGGCUUGUGACUUCAAAGAAAACUUAACAAGAAUGUUAACACCAACUAGGAAAGUGAGCUACUUCUUGAUUGAUUUCUGGAAAAAUGCCAAUUUGCCAUUCAAAACUGAUGUGUGGGAAACAGUUUAUGUCUAUAGGAAGAAUGACAUCAAUGAAGACUGCUACUGGUAUAUGAAUGCUCUAGAUGCUUCAGUUACAGAUAUCUCAAAAUACAUGAAAUUCAGGGAAAUUAUAAGGACCCCAGAAGACUUGCAAAAGAUUGUGAAAAGUUCAAAUCGACAAAGCAAUGUAAUCCUCACAUGUGGUACUCCAGAUGAUAUCAAAAUAGCCCUUGGGAAUAAAGAGGUGGAUGACAAUAUAGUUUUCAUCCUGAUAGAUCUUUACAGUAACAUUUCUUAUGAAAAUAGUCCCUCAGCUAGUUACAUGCAGCAUGUCCUUGUUCUGACUCUUGCACCAACAAAUUACAGCUCAAGUUUAAACCAUAAUAGGACUAUCAUGGAUACUGAGAAGAUCCAUUUGCUGAAAAAUGACAUUCUUGUGGGAUACUUGAAUGCUGUUUUACUCUUUGGACAUGCUUUGAAAGUCCUUAUGUCUAGACAAGAAUCAGUUUGUCCUGGUGAUUUCCUUGACCAAUUCCGGAAUACCACAUUUCAAGGUAUUUUAGGUCCUCAAAUCUUAGAUGGAUAUGGGGAUAUUGAUGUCAAUUUCAGUAUUCUCUACACAUCAGUGAAUAACAAAGAAUUUAAACCCCUUCUGUGGUUUGACACAAAUUUGAACAAAACUGUUGUGAAGACAAAGACUCCUGAAUUCAUCUGGAAAAAAAACAUGCUACCUCCAGAUACUCCUAGCAGUGGUCCCCACAUCCUGACCAUAGCUGUUUUCACACUUACUGCAAUUGUGGUGUUAGUUCUGAUCAUUGCUUUGUUGGUACUGAGGAAGUACAGAAGAGCCAAUCAAUUGCGGCAAAAGAGAUGGUCCCAUAUUCCACCUGAGAAGAUACUACCAUUGAAUACUAAUGAGUCAAAUCAUGUUAGUUUGAAGAUUGAUGAAGAUAAAAGGCGGGAUACUGCUCAAAGGCUGCGUCAAGGCAAAUAUGAUAAGAAGAUAAUAAUCCUGAAGGAUUUCAAACACAAAGAUGGAAAUUUUACAGAAAAACAGAAAAUAGCUCUGAAUAAGCUUCUUCAAAUUGACUAUUAUAACCUGACUAAAUUCUAUGGAACAGUCAAGAUGGAUACAAUGAUCUACGGAGUAAUUGAAUACUGUGAAAGGGGAUCAUUGCGGGAUGUCUUAAAUGAUAAAAUCUCCUACCCUGAUGGAACUUUCAUGGACUGGGAGUUUAAAAUUUCUGUCAUGUAUGACAUUGCUAAGGGAAUGUCUUAUUUGCAUUCAAGCAAAACAGAGGUCCAUGGGCGCCUGAAAUCCACAAAUUGUGUGGUUGAUAAACGCAUGGUUGUGAAAAUCACUGAUUUUGGCUGCAAUUCUCUUCUGCUAUCUAAAAAAGAUCUCUGGACUGCUCCUGAACACCUCCGCUGUGGUGAUGUAUCACAGAAAGGUGAUGUGUAUAGCUAUGGAAUUAUAGCACAAGAGAUUAUUCUGCGUAAAGAGACUUUCUACACUAACCAUUGUCGGAAUUCUAAAGAAAAACUUUAUAGAGUAGAAAGCAGCAAAGAAGAACGACCAUUCCGGCCAGAUCUUUUAUUGGAGACAGAAGGGGAGCGAGAGCUAGAUAUAUACAUUCUAGUGAAAAGCUGCUGGGAAGAAGAUCCAGAAAAGAGGCCAGAUUUUAAGAAAAUUGAAACUACUCUAGGUAGGAUAUUUAGCAACUACCACAACCAAAACAAUGAGAGCUAUAUGGACACAUUGAUCCGACGUCUGCAGUUGUAUUCACGAAACCUGGAGCACUUAGUAGAAGAGAGAACCAAGCUGUACAAAGCAGAACGAGAUAGAGCUGACAAACUAAAUUUCAUGCUUCUCCCACGGCCUGUGGUAAAAUCUUUGAAGGAAACUGGACUUGUAGAGCCAGAAUUGUUUGAAGAAGUCACCAUCUACUUCAGUGACAUUGUGGGCUUCACAACCAUAUGUAAAUACAGCACACCUAUGGAAGUGGUAGACAUGCUGAAUGACAUCUACAAGAACUUUGACCACAUUCUUGAUCAUCAUGAUGUUUACAAGGUGGAGACCAUUGGGGAUGCAUAUAUGGUAGUAAGUGGUUUACCAAACAGAAAUGGUAACUGUCACGCAGUGGACAUUUCUAUGAUGGCCCUGGAUAUACUCAGUUUCAUGGGGUCAUUUGAAUUACAACAUCUUCCUGGCCUUCCUGUAUGGAUUCGAAUAGGAAUUCAUUCUGGUCCGUGCGCAGCCGGUGUGGUUGGGAUUAAAAUGCCUCGUUAUUGCUUGUUUGGAGACACGGUGAACACAGCUUCAAGAAUGGAGUCUACAGGUUUACCUCUGCGGAUUCAUGUAAGUGGUUCCACUAUUGAUAUUCUGAAGAGGACAGACUGUCAGUUCCAGUAUGAAGAACGAGGAGAAACAUAUUUGAAGGGCAAAGGAACUGAGAUUACUUAUUGGCUGACAGGUGUGAAGGAUCAGCAAUAUAAUCUUCCAUCGCCUCCUUCUGUGGAGAAUCAGCAGCGUUUGCAGUCUGACUUUGCUGAGAUGAUAAAGGACUCAUUACAAAAACGACCCACAGGAGAUUGCAAGAUGCAAGAGAUUUCGUGCAUGACUAGUUACUGCAAAGGCACCCUGGAAUAUCUGCAAUUAGCUACUACAGAACACCCUGCCACUUAUUUGUAAAACUAGAUAGGAACAAAUGUUAGGAAUAAAAUGAUUUUAGCUUCCUACCAUUGCCACUCAUUUGCAAGAUUGAGGAGAGCAAGCCUGGUUUAAAAGCUAAUGUUGCUCAUUCCACUUACUGUUAAUUAGUAAGGGUCUGAUGGCACCUUUUCAAACUAGCAAGCAUUAUUAAAAGACAUACAAGUUUUUGUUAUUACAGUUUAUUUUUUAAUAGAAUGUGUUAUUUUGCAAAAAUGCUUGGCUACCAUAGACUGACAUGGCUCUGUGUAAUAUCUUCUGUGCUUGCAUAUCAUUAUAUAAGUAAUGAAAGGAUGAAAAGAUUCCCUUCGCUGCAUUUCCAACAUGCAAAUAAUUUAAGGCAAGCUGCUUCGGCUGACUUAUUAGAGCCUUUAUUAUUAGAGCUUCUGCUGACUUAUUAGUUCUCUGCAUAUGCUUUUUGGAUAUGCAGGGAACAAAGGAAGAGCCUGUCAACUACCAGUAACAUCUUUUAGACUCAGUACAUUGUUUACGGUUAUAUGGGAAGAAUUUUAUCUGCAAUUUAAAAUCUGUUAAGGCAUUGAUUUUACAUGAUUUAUUUGUUAUAUAAUGUUUGGGAGUGUAACCAGUCCAUUUGCAAAUACAAUAAAUCUUUUGGAUAAGAGUAUCUUGUAGCACUAGUUCUUACCAUGUGUGGAAAACAAGAAUAUAGGCUAUAAAAUCU